AUGAUUCCUAAAUUAAUACAAAAUAUAAUUAUAUCUAUUUUAUUAAAUGGAAUAGAAGAAGAAAGACCAACCUUAUGUACAACUUUAAAGGAAUAUGUUGAAACAGUUAAAUAUUAUGACUUGGGCUUAAGAGAUUUAACCUUUUUCAAAAAAGUUAAUUUUGGAAGAUACAUCGUUGAAUAUUCUUUGGUUUGUAAAGACUGGUUCAAUUUCAUUUCCCAAUCACAAUGUAGUCGAUUGUAUUGCACUAUGAUCGAUAGUUACGAUGAUUACAAAUACAAUUACGAUAAAGAUGAUUUGUUAGAGAUUUCAGAUCCAUACUCUUUAUAUAGAUUCGAAAGUGUAACGACACUCUAUUUGGAUUGUGGUAAUGCAUCGAAAGAGUGUGAAGAGAAUGAAAGAAAUACAAUCAUUGAAUGGAUCAGUAGAUUCACUUCAUUGGAGAGAUUGGUCAUUUCAACCGACAAUUCCAUCAUGAUACAAAAGAUGUUGGAUCGAUUCACAACUAUAAAGAUGGAGGUCUAUAUAAAGGAAGUUUCCGAUAUGGAUCAUACCGAGGAGGGAGUUGAUCUUUCAAAAGUCGAUAGUCAUGUUUUGGAAUUUGUUCAUUUACAUGCGUGGAACCCGUAUUUCGAAACAGAGUAUAGUGAUAUCAAUUACUUUGCCAAGUAUUAUGGUCAAUGGAGAGUAAAUUCCAUCAACUUCAAUUAUGAUGGCUUACAUUAUGGUGUGCACGAUGGACUGCCACAUCUAACCUAUCAGAGUUUGUUCAAUAUAAAAUCCGUCAACAAAUAUGUUAUAAGGAAUGAUCAUGUAGAUUCAAGUGAACUUGUAUCGAUUCUACAUCCAUCCAACAGUCAUAUCACAUCAUUUAAAUGUAGUGUGCCAUUUGCAAUCUAUUGUGUAGAUGAUCAGGCCGAACCAGUUGAAGAUCAUUUACAAACAUGCUCCUGUAUAUCUUAUAGAAAUAUAAGACAGAUUAUUAGAGGCAAUAGAUUGGAUCAUUGGAUUGAAUUUUGUUUGGCAUUGUCAAACAAUACUUCGCUGAAGCAUUUGCAUCUCGAGAAUAAAUGUAAUGGUUGCAAAGAUCCCGAUGGACACAACAUGAAUCAAAAGACCAAGGAAUCAUUUACAACGGCAUUAAUCUCUGCAUUGACUACCAAUAGUACUCUAACUAGUUUGUCUGUUCCUUGUCAAGUUUUAUCGGAAUCAUUCUUUCAAUCGAUGGGUACAAUCAGCCAGUCAAUCACCUAUCUACAAGUCACUCAAUGUGAUUUCAAUCAUAUCAAAUCAAUCAAAUCACUAUUUAAACAUAACAAGAAUAUAAGACAUCUAUCGAUAUGUGGAGAUUUUUAUGAUUCAGUAUUUAGAGAAUACUAUAAAACUAGUAAAACAUUAUCAACAGAACAAGAAGAAGAUUUAAGGAAAAACAAAUAUGAUUCAGUUAAUAAAAUAAUGGGUGCAAUGAAAAAAGAAAAUCAUGGUCUAGAUAGAUUCGAUUUAAGUUGUGAAUUUACCAAUGAUCUAGUUACUUUUAUGACAUACUAUGACAAUGAAGGUACUCAAACAGUAUCAAUAGAAUAUGAUUUUAAUAAUAAUUUACCUUUUUAUAUAUUUAAAUAA